AUGCGGCGGUUACGAAUAGACAGCACUUUAUUACCGAUAAAAGCGACGCCGGCGUGUACCCGCGCCGCCGAGACUGUGCAAAAGACGACGAGGACUUUAGUGGACGCUCAUCAAGAGGAAGGAGAGAUGCUCGCCACUUUAGAAAGCGGCAGCCGGGAAGAUGCUAGCUGCCGCGGCAAACAAGGACAAGGCAACGAACGAACAACUCGAAAAGCGGUUCUCCGAGACACCAAGCGAUGCCUUACACCAUACGAACAGAACGAAAUCAAGGAAUACCGCCACGUGUGGUAUGUGGGAGAAAAGGCCAAGAAAAUACGGCGCUCCAAAGAGUCUACGUCAACAUCGGAGGGAGAGUCCUUCGACGACUCCAAGGGAUUCUACAAAGUGAGGGCUGGAGACCACCUGGCCUACCGCUUUGAGGUGCUUGGGGUGAUGGGGUCAGGACUGGCUGGAAAGGUGCUUAAAUGCAGGGACCACAAGACCAUGACACUUGUCGCCAUCAAGGUCUUUCGUAACACAACCGAAGGUCAAAAGAUGGCACAGACAGAGUUGGACAAUCUAAAGACCCUACAAAGGUUAGAUAGAACCAACAAAGCCAACAUGGUACACAUGAAGGAGCACUUCUACUUCCGGAACCAUCUGUGCAUUACCUUUGAGCUAUUUGAAAAGGACCUCCACAAAGCACUAGUGGAGAGCAAAUUGCGACGACUGUGCGAAGCCGACAUUAGAAAAUAUGCCAUCGAUGUGCUCAAAUGUCUGAAGGUGCUCAAAGAUGUGCAACUCAUCCACGGAGACUUAAAACCGGAAAAUAUCCUAUUGGACAAGGAAAACAAUGCAGCAGUAAGUGACUUCGGCGGGAGCAUCUUUAUCAGAGGUCGGCCCACCAAUCAGACACUAGCGUACAUGGCUCCGGAGCGUCUGCUUGGCAAGUGUUGUACCACAGCCUCGGACAUGUGGAGCCUCGGCUGCACGCUGGCUGAGCUCGACUGGGGCCUAUUUCUCUUUAAAGGCAAAGACAAAGGCGACAUUUUCAAUUGUAUAACAAGGGUCCUGGGUCUCCCACCAAUUGACUUGAUGAAUGCAGCGAGCCGGAAAAACUACUGUGUUGAUGGUUCAGAUACUGAAGAAAAAAAGCCCCCAAGGACCCCACUGGCAACAAGACUGAAGUCCAAGAAUCCAAAGUUUCUGGACUUUAUUCGGUGCUGUCUCGAGUAUGAUGCAACAAAGCGGCUCACGCCGGAGAAGGCUUUGCGACAUCCGUGGAUCAAGCAGGCAACCAAACAUACAUAUAACAGACCGACAAUAAGCAGCUUACUGAAGAGAGAGAAGAUUCCACCGCCAAUGUUGCAGCCAGUGCAACAGUACAAAUAA